AUGAUUAAGGUAUGGCUCCGGGGACUUCUAGCCCUGUAUAUUGUGUUCGGAGUUGCUUGGAGUGCAGGUCGCUCUCUGAAUCAAGUGAGAGCUUUGAAUUUAAUAAAAGGUCACUACCACUCCGAAGAUGCCACUGAUGCUGCUCAGAUGACACCUAUGGCUACACUGCUCAACCAGCCUGUAGUUGCUGCCACAUACUACUUCAGUACCCAUCCUCGCCGGAAUUCCUUGUCCGGCGAUGGUCAGGGGGCUGAUGCGAACACUGACCGUUGUGAGGCGGCUGAUGCCCGAAUUGGAACUUGCUACGACACUGCAGAUUGCGUCGACUUGGGAGGUACUCCAAUGGGAAGAUGCCCCCAAGAAGGAGUCUGCUGCAUAUUUGAUGUAGGUUGCGGUGGAGCCACGAGUGAGACAGUGUCUUAUUUCCGCAACCCGGGUUUUCCAUUGCCCCAUGAGGGUCAGGGCAGUUGCCGCGCCCGAGUUGCCAAGCACUCUGACUCCAUAUGCCAGAUUCGCCUUGACUUCCUAGAAUUCGACCUGGCUCGUCCUGUAGAGGGCAACUGCUCACAAGACAUGCUGGUCAUCACUGGUCAGAAUGAAAACAAUCUGGUCCCGAAGAUAUGCGGACUCAAUACUGGACAACACUAUUACGUUGACGUGGAAGACUCUGGUGCCAUAACUUUGCACAUAACUAUGGUAGGACACUAUGGUAGAAAGUUUAAUAUUAAAGUGACGCAAGUGAAAUGUGCAAGUAAGGAAGCAGCUCCACCACACUGUCUACAAUACCAUCGAGGCACACGAGGAUCUAUUAAAAGUUUUAACUACGACGAACCAUCGCUAUUGGGCAGCGGCUACCCCAACAACAUGGAUUACGUCAUCUGUCUCCGGAAAGAACCUGGUUUCUGUUCUGUUACUUAUCAGUUACAUGCCGAAGGGCGUCAGGUGGCGCCUUUUGCAGUAGGUUCCCUCCCUGGGGGACCUGCAGGGGCGGCGCCAACAGGUCCUGUUGCAGCCGAAUGUCACGACGACUUCGUACUCUUCGCUGGAGUAAGAGUUUGUUCUGGUAGAGUGUCACCAGUUACAAUACCAGCCAACAGGCCCACUCGAGAGCCGAACGUCACAUCCACAUACAUUUUAACAGAUUCUACACCUGGUCCGUUUUUGGUAAGAUUUGUAUCAAAUGGAGUCCGAAAUGCAAGGGGGUUCCACUUUAGUUAUAGACAAAACCCAUGCAAGUAA